GCCCAUCACACUGCUUGUUGCCCACAUACGCUCACCUGAAACUUGAAGAUGGGUAUUCCAAAGUUCUUCCGCUAUAUUUCUGAGCGUUACCCUUUAACCUCUCAGUUGAUUCAGGAGAAUAAGAUCCCGGAAUUCGACAAUCUUUACCUUGACUUCAAUGGAAUCAUUCACAAUUGUGGGCACUAUAAAUAUACCCGUGUGUUGUCCGUAACGCAAUGUCAUAGGUUCGCAUCCGAAUGACGAGGAU